AUCCCUCAGCGCGGCAGCGGAGGCAGUCUGUUGAGUGUCAUUUUCAAGUUUUGGUGCAGUGUUUUAAAUCAAAUUUAUUCUAAAAACUUGUAACAAGUGUUGUGAUUUAAGUGAUAACUGUACACCAUGAGCCAAGCCGUAGCCGACCCGCCUAAGGAGCGGUACAUUCCCAAUGGACUUAAGUUCGCCUUCGGUGGCCUUGCAGGUAUGGCUGCCACCUGUGUGGUCCAGCCUUUAGACCUCAUCAAAACCCGGAUGCAGCUGAGCGGAGGCGGGCGCUCCUCAUUCACUGUUGCCGGAGAGAUUGUCGCCAGAGAAGGCUUUGUGGCUCUCUAUACUGGUCUCUCCGCUGGUCUGUUGCGGCAGGCUACAUACACUACUACCAGGCUUGGGGUGUAUAAUAUACUCUUCGACACAUAUAAAGAACGAAAUGCCGGCGCCGCCCCUGGCUUCGGCACUAAGACCCUCCUGGGUGUCGCUGCGGGCUCCAUAGGCGCCUUCGUGGGCACCCCGGCUGAGGUGGCUCUUAUCCGCAUGACGGCCGAUGGCCGCCUGCCCGCUGACCAGCGAAGGAAUUACAAGAAUGUGGCUGACGCCCUCAUCAGGAUAGUACGCGAAGAAGGAGUCUUAAAGUUAUGGCGCGGCGCCACGCCCACCGUCGGGCGAGCCAUGGUCGUCAACGCAGCUCAGCUCAGCACAUACUCACAGGCGCGCGAGAUGUUCAUAGGCUACGUACCUGAUGGUAUUACACUGCACUUCUGCGCGUCCAUGGUGUCCGGGCUGGUCACAACCAUCGCCUCGAUGCCGGUCGACAUCAUCAAAACUAGGAUCCAAAACGCGGCCAAGGGCCAAAGCCAGCUGUCCGUGGUGUCCGCCCUGCUCAAGCGCGAGGGCGUGCUGUCCUUGUGGAAGGGCUUCCUGCCGUACUACGCGCGCCUCGGCCCGCACACCGUGCUCACCUUCAUCUUCCUAGAGCAGAUGAACGCCGCUUACUUCAACUACAUGUAGGGACUAUUCUAUUUUAAGCGUACACUCAAAGAAUUGUGCCAUUUUCAACCAAAAGGGUACUUUUUGUCGGUUGUCAAUAAGACGCUAUUUCCAUAUAGCUUCAAUUAGAAAUCAACCUUAUCGACAAGCGACAAUGUGGUACCUCUUGGUUGAAAACGUCACAGAUAUAACUCCGUAAUAGAUGGAUACAGUCUAAGGAAAUAACGUGCGUCGAAAAUUAAGAAAAUUUGAUUAUCGAUCAGGCGCCACUAUAGUCUGGAAAAAAGUUUAAAGUGGCAACACUGUAGUGUCGUCCCUUUCAAAUCUAUCUUAGAAAAAUGGGACGACACUACAGCCAGCCAACUUUUUUGCCAGAUUGUACCUUUGGCCUACUUUCGAAUAGAUGUCGUUGACGGUUUAGUUUGUUAUUUAACAAUUUUAACGCAUAUCAAUGAAAGAACAUGGGUCAAAAUCAUAUAAAAAUCAUUUAUCCAUAUAUAAAUACAUUUUUUGAUAUUUUUAGUUUUAAUCGUGUGUCGACAGAUGGCAGUGAAUUUACUGUGACUACAAAAUUUACUAUGACAGUACCGCUAUUCUCCUAUAUCCUCUUUGGUACAGUGGAAAAUCGGAAUUUUGAUGAACUGGUUUGUGAAUGAAAAAGUUCAUUCACACGGUACGAGUUUUUAUUUCGAACAUACUAAUAUUGAUAUAAACGGGUACAACGCGAUAUAAUUUCAUUACUUUUACCUUACGUUUCAGCUGCGUUUUAAUUUCAAAUUUAAAUUUUCUGAAUAAAUAAAAUUGAAUUGCGAAUCGAAUUGUAAGUACUGAAUACUCGAAUUAUGGCGAUAUUAGUAUAGUACAUAUAAUAUAAUCAUGUUAUCAUACGUUUUAUUUCUCACAUUAUAUACCGUAUGAAAAACUCGUACCAUGUAAACAUAGAGUAACUUAUACUAGAGCGGUACUGUCAUAGUAAAUUUUGUAGCCACAGUAAAUUCACUGCCAUCUGUCGACACACUUUAAAACUAAAAAUGAAGAUUUAUAAAAAUACGAUAAAAUGUAUUUAAAUAUGGAUAAAUGUUUUUUUUUAUUUGCAUUAAUUAUUUUUAUGAUUUUGACCCAUGUUCUUUCACUGAUAUGCGUUAAAAUUGUUAAAUAACAAACGAAACCGUCAACGCCAUCUAUACGACAGUAGGCCAAAGCUAGUAGCGCCCUCUGAACGAGAAUCAAAUUUUCUUGAUUUUCGAGGCACGUUUUUUCCUUAGACUGUAUCCAUCUAUUACGGAGUUAUAUCUAUCUUUGAGGUAAAUAUGUCUUUAUCGUCGUAGGUACAAUAGGUCUUUAAUAUAACAAGACUUACAAAGUUUGAAUUUUCGGCUGUUUAAUAUUGACAAAACAGUUCUAGCUGUAAUGUAAGAAAAUCGAAUGUACGUUCAAAAAAUCAAGAAUCGAUGUAAGCUCGAUAUUAACUCGAUUAACACUUUAAAAACUAAGUUGGCAAGAUUUUACAAUAUAAAUGUUUUGUAAAUUCUACAAUUGUAGAAAUAUUUAUUAUUGGACUAGGAAUUCGAAAAAUUAUAUCAAGUGCCAAAAUUAAAAACUAAAAAGCAACAUUUUCAUUGUGAUUAAAUAUUCCAUUUAUGUUUCUAAACACAUAUUUGUUUUUUAAGUUUAUAUAU